GGGACUAGAUAAACGAGUGCGUGACUGAGGGAGAACCUGAAGGAUAUGCCCUGCUCAUCCUUCCAGUGCUGAGGACCAGUACUGAGCAAAUGAGAUGAGGAACUGAAGCUGGAAGACUGUUGACGUCGCCCAGAGCCACACAGGGAAUCCUUGGCUGAGCUGUAAUUCGGAGUUGGGUGGAAAGGCCGGAUUGCCUCCUCGCAAACAGCUCCUUAACGCCCUUCCCUUCCCUUGCUGGCGUUCAGGAGCAUCGCACCCCCAAAGCUGGCAACACCUGACCGGUUGAUUACGUGAUGGCAAGUACAGAGCCGGUCACCGAGAAGAUGCCGGGCAAGAAACCCAACCAGGGGUCAGCCGUUGGCCAAGGGAGCAGCCAUGGCGCAUCCGUUGGGAGUGGAGGAGAGGAGAGCAGGGCCAAGGUGGAAGGAGAGAACCUGAAAGAGAACCUGCCCCCUCGGGACCCAGCCAACAGGGACAUCCCUUGGGCCUGCCCAGACGGCACGUUCGUCAAACUGGUCCUGGAGACCGGCACGGGUUUAGACAAGCCUAAAGAAGGCUCCCUCUGCCAGGUCUUCCUCGAAGCUGAGCCAGGAUCGCCCUUGAGUUACCCAACCCACCGGUGGGCUGAAGUGGAGCUGGGUGGCGGCGAUGCCGAGUGGGACGGGGUCGUGGACCGUUGCCUGGAGACUAUGCUGGCUGGGGAGCAGGCCAAGGCGAGGUUGGCAGCGGGAGGCUCCGUGACCGUCCGGUUAGCGAGCUUCACGGAGGCCAAAGACUCCUGGGAGAUGAGUGCCGCCGAGAAGUGGGACUUGGUCCUCGGCAACAAAGAACGGGGCGGGGAGCUGUACCGGGCAGGGGACGUUGCCGCUGCGGCACGGCGCUAUGCCAGGGCCUUGCGGCUGCUCGUAGUGGCUGCCCCUCCGCCGGACUACGACCAGAUCAAAGCGGAGCUGCAUGCCAACCUGGCUGCCUGCCAGCUGAGGCUGCACCAGCCGGCCAAUGCCGCCUGCAACUGCACCAAGACGCUGGCCCUGCAGCCGGCCAACACCAAGGCCCUCUUCCGGCGGGGCUUGGCUCACGAUGCCAUGAACGACCUGGAGGGGGCGGCGCAGGACCUGAAGGGGGUUCUGCAGGUGGAACCGGGGAACCGGGCAGCCCGGAGAGAACUGGAAAGAGUGAUGGAGAGGAUCAGGGCUCGGGAUGCCAAGCUGGCCCGAGCCAUGCAGAAAAUGUUUGCCUAAAUAAAA